AUGGCAGAUAAUUCAUUGUUAUACUACAACAGUUUCAGCUUGAAGCUCAUCAUCGACAAAAGGGCAAACAAGGUCCUAUGCGCCGAGGCGGGAAAAGACUUUGUGGAUUUCCUCUUCAAUUUCCUGACAAUGCCACUCGGUUCCGUGUUCCGCCUCUUAAAAGACCAACUUCCUGCCCCUGGCUGCGUCCGUGAGCUGGCCGCCAGCAUCGAGAACUUGAGCCAGCAUUGCUUCCAGGAUUUUCAAACCAAAGACUACCUCGUCACCAAGCUACGCGGCGAAACCCACGUCGCCAAGGUGCCGCUGCUCCCCGUCUCCCCAAAUCGUUCCCUGAAAAGGACAAUCUACUGUUGCAGUGACAAACUCCAUAGUCCUCCUCGCUGUGCACAAGUCAGCUCGAGCGGGCGUUCUCCCCGCAGAUGCUCGUGCAGUUUGCAGGUGAGUUUCACAGACACCAUGGGAUGGUGUCGUGAAGCGGAUUUCGUGAAGGGAGAGCAGAGGUACUUGGUGAAGGAUGAUCUCUCGGUUCUGCACUUCGACUAUUCCAUCAUGUCCGGUCUCUCCCUUCUCCCCACCGAGUUUAGUGUCAAAGACUUUGGCGUCGUUGAGGAAAGGUCGGUCCGAAUUGGCUUGAACGAGGGAUUGGAGCUUUUGAAGGCGUUUAUGCACAAUAAGUCGGCUCUGACUACUGUGUUCCUCGGGAAGAAGGAGACCAUCGUCGACAAGUCAUCCAAUUGAAGCCUCCUGCCAAUGGCAUGCUCACAUUAAUUUAAGUUGC